AUGACAACGGCAUCAAACCUCACACCGAGAGCCGAACGGGUACUGGAAUCUGUGGAAAGCUCCAUUGCCCAAGCCUCUAACAUGUCCUUUGACAACGACAACGUCAACAAACUCUACAAUGAUCAUUGCACUUAUCUACCUGCCAUGUUGGGAUGGUUCUUGUUCUCGGCACUCAUCACUUCCUACAACAAAUAUGUCUUUGGAGAAGGGCAUAUGGCCUUUCCCUGUCCGCUGUUCCUGACCUCCCUGCAUUUUGGGGUCCAAUGGUCCUUUUCGCAUUAUGCCUGUGAAAUCUUUCCAGAGACGUUGGGGACUCAAAUGAUCAAGGAUUUGGAUUGGAAGACCUGGGCUGCAAUUGCAGUCCCAUGUGGGGUGGUAACGGCCAUGGAUGUGGGACUCUCAAAUCUGUCACUAGCGGUCAUUACGAUUACCUUUUACACAAUGGUCAAGUCUUCGACUCCAGUCUUUGUGCUUGGAUGGGCUCAUAUUUUUGGAAUUGAAAGGAUUACCUUACAGUUGAUUGGAGUGGCUGCAGUUAUUGCUGUUGGAGAAUUUGUUACAGUAUAUGGGGAGAUUAAUUUUGUCCUCAAGGGAUUCCUCUUGUGUCUUACCGCCAGCGUUCUUUCGGGGGCUCGAUGGACCUUGGUACAACUCAAACUGCAAAGCAUGGAACCACCUUUGAAAACGACAAUUGCCACCAUGAGACUACUAUCACCCUGUAUGUUUUUCAUUAUGCUAUUGAUGAGUCUUGUGAUUGAGCAACCGUGGAACGAUUUUCCGAAAAUGAAUUCCAGCGACCUGUGGUGGGUCCUUAUUCUUGGUGCUGGCGGAGGCGCCAUUGCGGUUUCAAUGAUCUUGUGUGAAUUCUACCUAAUCCUUGAGGCAUCAGCGAUUGUAUUGAUGAUUGGUGGCGUCCUCAAGGAAAUGGUCACCAUUGUGAUUGGCGUUACCCUGUUCGGUGAUGACUUGAAUGGAACCAAAAUAUUUGGCAUGUGCAUUGUCUUCUCAGGAGUAAUCUUGUACAAGAUUGUAUUUCACCUGGAGAAGGAAGAGAAAGCAGCGGGAGGAGCCUAUCAACCGGUCAACACGGAAAAUAAUGCUGCAAACGGAGAAGACGUGGAGGCAGAAGAGAUGGAGGUGGUUGGAACGGGUACCAUCGUGCGACAUCGCCAUGAGGCUGGGGAUGAAAAGUUAAAUUGA